AGCAUCCAGGGACAGUGUUCACUGCUCAUAUUUCCUACCUUGAGAUCUACAAUGAAAAUGGUUAUGAUCUUCUGGAUCCCAAGCAUGAAGCAUGCAAGCUGGAAGAUUUACCGAAAGUGAACCUGUUUGAAGACAGUGACAAUAAUGUCCAUCUGAAGAAUCUUUCUCUACAUCAAGCCAGUAACGAAGAGGAAGCUCUCAAUCUUUUAUUUCUUGGAGACACAAACAGGAUGAUUGCUGAGACACCCAUGAAUCAAGCGUCCACCAGAUCACACUGCAUUUUCACCAUCCAUAUCUCGUCACGUGAUCCUGGAUCUGCUACCAUCAGACGAGCCAAGCUUCAUUUGGUUGAUCUUGCAGGAUCUGAAAGAGUUGGAAAGACCAAUGUGGGUGGUACUCUUCUCACUGAAGCCAAAUAUAUUAAUUUAUCUCUUCACUACCUUGAACAGGUGAUAGUGGCAUUAUCAGACAAAUCAAGAAGCCACAUUCCAUACAGAAACUCUAUGAUGACCUCAGUUUUAAGAGACAGUCUUGGAGGAAAUUGUAUGACUACAAUGAUAGCAACAUGUUCCCUUGAAAAGAAAAACUUAGAUGAAUCAAUUUCGACAUGUAGAUUUGCUCAAAGAGUGGCCAUGAUAAAGAAUGAUGUACUGCUCAAUGAAGAAAUUGAUCCUAAACUGCUGAUUGCGCAGCUUAAGGCAGAAGUACAGAGACUCAAAGAUGAACUGGCAAUGGCGUCAGGACAGGAGUACACCGGCGAGCUGACAGAAGAUGAAAUGGACAGACUGCGCAGGGUGGUGAAAAGUUACAUUGAAGACGGUGAUCCUGACUCAGCUCUUAGUGUUGGUGCAGACAUGCGAAAGAUCAACUACUGCUUUCAGCUACUCAAGAGUCAUGUGUUGGAAAGGAGCAAAAAGAAUCCUUCUCCUCCCUCACAGAGGACCCCUGCAAUCGAUGGCGUCCUUGACAGCAGCUAUUUGGGAAACCACUCGGAAGUGAACAAACUGAAAGAACUGAUCCGACAGCGAGAUAACGAGAUAAACAUUUUGGUAGGCAUGCUGAAGAAGGAGAAGAAACGCACCGCGGACCUCGAGAUGUCUGUAAAACAAGGCGGGGGGCGAAUCCCAGACGGGACGGGUGGGGUACCAGACGGCAUUAGACGGAGCACCAGUCAGCCCCUGAGUGAUGAUUCAGAGAGUGAACUGUCCAACUUGAGAUCUGCGGGUAGAGCACGAGUGAAAGACAGACCGUCUUCAGAUACCACUGAGAAUCGUGCACACCCUCAAGCGCCCGGCGAUGACGCCAGUAAUCACAGGCCCCCCUCUGCUUACAGAAGAAAGCUGGAUGAAAUGUCAGUUGGACGUAAGGAAGCUUUCGAGACUUUCCGGCGAGACUAUCCUCACAACGACACGAUAGAGGAGAAUAAAAGAACACUCAAGCAAAGAUAUGCGGAGGCUAAGAGACUCGGAGAGCAAGUGAACUCAUCACGACAAAAAAUAAAUUCUAUAAAAAGUCAAAUCGAACAGCACAGAGUUCGUCGUUCAAUGCAAGGUUUUGUUAAUGGCACUGAAGGGAUGGAGGAAGUCGAUCCCGUGGAACAGAACUUAAGGCAAGCUAUUGAGGAGGAAAAAGCAAAAUACAAGGACAGCUUCACCCGCCUUCGGUCCCUCAAGACUGAGAUCGAACACCUUCAGCAUCUGCUAGAGAAAUCCAAAGUCAAGAUGCAGAAAGAUUUUGAGAUCUGGUGGGCAGAACAGGCGGCCUUCACCCAGCCACCUGAUGAAGUGCGAGCAGCGUGGAAAACCCCUCCGAUAUCCCCCGUUCGACCUCCAUCCGCCCCUCGGAGACGUGAUCCAGACCCGGGUGGCUUAUCAAAUCCCCGGGGAGACGAGUCUUCCCGUAGCACCAGACCAGGGAAAUUCGUAUCCAAGCUACGAGCCGAGGCUCAUCUGGCGUCUUCAGGAGUGGUGUCAUCUGUUACCCGUCCGUCUGUUCAUGGUUCCAAUUCAGACAGUGGUUUAAGCAGCUGGUCGACAUCUGCAGCAACAGUAGCAGCUGAUGUAUCGAGUGUGGGAAUCGCCGCAAGAAAUAAAUCGGGUUCCUCUAGUGACGUCAGCACUGGUUCUGGAUCAGUGAAACUGACUGGUGACACCCGAGCUGAUGCCGACAUCUUGGCUUUUAUAAAAGCGAGACAGAAUUUGUUACAGCAGCGAGGUCAUCGAUAACCGCAACUGGUCCUAUUAUCAAGGGAACCAAGAUCAGUAACAGAGGCCGGCCCUCUAUGCCAACCCCACCAUGGACGGGCCGCUCUAUCUGUUCACCAAAGUGAUUGGCACCAAGCUUCAGAUACACGAGGGAAGAGAAAUAUGAAACGUUUCGUUCAACACGUUCUCGGUGCUCAUACCACGGAAAGACUGACUGUUGAGAUAAAUAGAUUGCAAUGGAUAUUUUUCUCUUCGGAGCAAACAUUUCUAUCCUCUGGAAAUACAGAUAACGAAUGCUCUCAAUUGCAAGAAAGUAAAGAACACAUCGUUUUCGUUGGACGCGAAAAAUGUGGCAGAUUUUAAAAAUGUGUUCACUACGCUCCUUUCCAUUCUCAUCCGUUAAGUGAGCUCAAAUAAAUAGCAAAGCGCGAAUGAAAACA